CUUUGUUAUCCAACAAGUGGGUUGGUAGAACCCCAUGCCACCCAUUCCCAGGCUGCCAUACUCUCUCCUUAAUGAGCAGUGGAAAUCAAGUAAUUCCUCUCCUGCUGACACAACCACCCUGCAGAUUAUGUCUGGAUGAGUGAGCUUUAGCAGUCUGAAGCAGGGAGUCUGUAAUCCCCGGCACCAUUCUCUUGAAGAGUAAGAAGAAGGACUGUUUACUGGAGCAAGUUCCCACUCAUAUAGAGCCGCAUCCCUCUGUCCUCAGUUCUCAGCCCUACCUGGCAUGUACAAUAGGUGGGCCUCGACUAUACCAAAAUGCUCUGCUGAGACCUUCCUCUCCAAACUGAGACCUCUACUACUAGCGUUGGAAGCGUACCUGCCCUAAGGAAGAAAAUGGAUUUAUGUUAGCAAGUGGUGGCUUAACGUGUGAUGGAAAACGUCGUAUGUUUGCAGAGAGCCAACACUGAGUGAAGUUUCAACAGGUGAUUAAGUCAAGCUGCAGGCUGGAGCCAGAGAGCAAAAUGCUGAAGAAGAUUCAGAAGAGGCUGACAAUCCAUAACAGCUCCGUCAGGGAGCUGCUGGCAGAAGCACUGGGAACGUACGUGCUGAUGGUCUUGGGCUUAUCCUCUGUGGCACAAGUAGUAUUGGGAAAAGGAAAAUUUGGACAGUAUCUGAGCAUCAAUGUGGGAUUUGGCAUUGGGGUCACCAUGGGGAUCCACGCAGCGGGAGGCAUCUCUGGAGCUCAUCUGAAUGCUGCCAUCACAUUCACUCAAUGCGUUUUUGGAAACCUCCCCUGGAGAAAACUUCCAGCUUAUCUGCUUGGCCAGUUCCUGGGCUCCUUUCUGGCAGCAGCCACCAUCUUUGGACUCUACUAUGAUGCACUGUAUGACUACACCAAGGGGAAUUUCACGGUGACAGGACCAACUGCCACAGCCUCGAUCUUCUCUACUUACCCCGCUCCCUACAUGUCCUUAGCAGGGGGCUUUUUCACAGAGUUCAUGGCGACGAUUAUGUUGUUCUUGGGCGUUCUGGUCAUCUAUGAUGAGAAUAAUAAUGGAGCCCUGAAAGGCACACAGGCUCUGCUCACGGGUAUCCUGGUUCUGGGCAUCGGGAUGGGGAUGGGGAUGAAUACAGGCUACGCCAUAAACCCAUCCCGGGACCUGCCACCAAGAAUCUUCACAGCAAUUGCUGGCUGGGGAGUCGAUGUCUUCACGGCUGGAAAUCACUGGUGGUGGGUGCCACUCGUAGCUCCGGUACUGGGAAGUCUUGCUGGUGGUUUAAUCUACAAAAUCCUCAUUGAUAUUCACAAUCAACACGUCCAGGAGCAUGGAAAUGAGAAAGAACAGACACAGACAGUCAUUGAGAGUUCCACGUUGUGAUGGCCAUGUACUCCCAGGAAACAUCCUGACAGCAAAGCCUGGGUGGGCACAUGCAUUGACACCAAGUGAGGUGCAUGCUUUGCUCACCCUGCAAAUGGGGAUAAAUGAGAGAGUAGCUCAAAAUAAAUACAUUCUGCUUAACCAGACAAACAGGGUCUCUGAGACACUGGGCAGACCUGAGAAGAACCAGUUGAUUGGAAAUCAGGGAAUACCUACACUGUGUAGAAACAAAGAAGUUUUGAUCUGGAAUAUUCUUCUAAAAAUAGUAGAUAUUGCACUGA